AAUCUCAGUUGUGGAAGGCGAAGACGGGGUUUUUUUUAACAGCAGCGGACGGAGCUGAGCAGCCGGGUAAAGACAUUGUGUCGCCGGUUGUUGUUAUCACCUUUUUAAAAAAUUUUAACCUGCUAACGUCGUGAUGCGAUGUGAGAAACCCCGCGAGAGUUUUACGGCGCCAUUAAUCCAGUUCAACUACCAGUGGACCUGCCAUCCGCAAAGACUUGACUGACCUCAAAUAUUUAAGAAGAAAAACGACCCCGUAAAGUGUUUGCAUUUCCCAGUGCCCCGAUAACCGCAUACUUCAGCCCACAGCAAUAGCUUUAUACUGAGCGGUCUUCUGGAGUGAGACAUACACAGGCUUCAAGCUCCAGGUUACCAAACAGACAUCAUGUCUUCCCGUGAGCGUCGGUCAGACAUCUACAUAAAGGCAGAACCGAGUAGUCCAGAGGGAGGUGGGGGAGGUCGGACCAGCCCUGGCGGGGCCUCCUCAGACUCUUCUCAAAGCGGAGGUGGAGCAACCCGAGGAGACAGCGCUAAACGUUACUCCCCACCACUGUACACACCAGCGCUGCGUUGUCAUUUCAAGGACGAGGCUGGUGAUGGGGCAGAAGAGGGCUCUGCUGGAAAUGGAGCAGGGCGAUGCAAGUACGCCCUAAGCACGCUUCCCAAGAGGCUGUGUCUAGUAUGUGGGGACGUGGCUUCAGGCUACCAUUACGGUGUAGCAUCAUGUGAGGCCUGCAAAGCAUUCUUCAAGAGAACCAUUCAAGGUAACAUUGAAUACAGUUGUCCAGCAUCAAAUGAGUGCGAAAUCACGAAAAGGCGCAGAAAGGCUUGCCAGGCAUGCCGCUUCACCAAGUGCCUCAAAGUAGGCAUGCUGAAAGAGGGAGUUCGUCUGGACAGGGUCAGGGGUGGAAGGCAGAAAUACAAAAGGCGCCCAGAAGUGGAGAAUGCAACAUACCAGAGUGCCCCUCUACCGCUGACAAAGGAGAGCGAAAAAAGUUCCUCCAACAUCAUCGUGUCCCACCUUCUAGUAGCAGAGCCAGAAAAGUUAUUUGCCAUGCCUGACCCGCUGCAGCCCGACACAGCCCAGCGUACGCUCACCACCCUUUGUGACCUUGCUGACCGUGAGCUGGUUGUGAUCAUUGGCUGGGCCAAACACAUUCCUGGCUUCCUGUCCUUGUCUCUAGCAGACCAGAUGUCAGUGCUGCAGUCAGUGUGGCUGGAGGUGCUCGUAUUGGGCGUAGCGUACCGCUCGCUCGGCUGUGAGGACGAGGUUGUGUUCGCAGAGGAUUUUGUCCUUGACGAGGAGAUGUCACGUGUUGCUGGACUGACGGAGCUUAAUGCAGCUAUUAGUCAGCUCGCUCGCCGAUUCCGUGCACUUAACGUGGACAGGGAGGAAUUUGUCAUGCUAAAAGCCAUCGCACUCACCAACUCAGACUCUGUUUACAUCGAGGACAUGGAGGCCGUGCAGAAGCUGCGGGACCUCCUCCAUCAGGCUCUGCUGGAGCUGGAAUGUCAGCGGCGCCCAGACGACCCCCAGCGGGCAGGACGUCUUCUUUUAACAUUGCCUCUCCUCCGACAAACUGCUGGCCGUGCUCUCAACACGUUCUACAGCAUCAAGACCCGUGGUGGGGUACCCAUGCACAAACUAUUCCUGGAGAUGCUGGAAGCCAUGAUGGACUCUCCAUAGAGAGGAAUGCAGCAGGAGUCGAGAGGAUUCAGAGAAAGACCCAAACAGAGUCUUCAAGAGCGGAUGUGUGUUUUAUGGAAAAGAAAAACUUUUUUUUUUUUUUUUUCAGACUUAAUAAUGAGGAAAUGGUCCUUUUCUCCUUUAGGCUACAGGAAGAAAGGAAAAUGAGUGGAGUGACCAUUUAGCGAAGGAUGUAACUGCCAGAAUUCAGUAAAAUAUUCAACAUAAAUGCCAGAACACUUCUUAGUUCUAACCGUUUCAUGGCAUGUUUUCUUCACAGCAUCGAUCUGCAGUUACUUAACCACUGAAGAACAACAUUUAGGUACUUAAUAACAGGCUGCAACCAUGUGGCUUUUGAACUUUUUAAAAAUAGUACUACAUCUGCUCAUGAAAGCCAUAAUAACAUAUCUGGCAAAAGGCUUGAGAGUCCAAUAAGGGGUCAGAAUAAAAUGCACACUAAGUGCUUGUAUUUACUAUAGUUUAGUGUGCCGUUAUAGGCAAAUCAUAGGAAUUACUCGCAAUAUGUUAAAAGCAAUAUAAUGACUCGAAUAUUGUCUGUCACAUUCAACAUGUGGAUAAAAUGGUGAGACAUCUAUUUGUAUGUCUCACUUAGCAGUUCUUCACUCUUGGGACCCCAAGUGCUGCUUGGGUUUGGUCAGGGAUACCAAACGAGUACAUUUAAAAAAAAAAAAAAAAAAAACUUUGAGAAAAAACCUGCAGCACUUUGGGGGUAAAAGUGUGGAGUUGGAAGCCACUGGUGUGAAUGCAGCUGUCUUUUUAAAAGGUUGUGCAAUGGAUUCAUAGUCCAAGAGUAGUGCAUAUGAAGAUUGUAUGCACAUAAAAUGCUCAACUUGGAAGUUAAAUCUAUAUAUAAAGUGUUGUAUGUAAAAAUCCUGCUAGCACACUGAAAAAAAGAAAACAAAAAAAACUACCUUCCAUCCAAGCAAGCACGUGUGUUUGUUCGUGUGCAGUCGAAACCAAUGAGCUACACUGAGAUCAGGGAAGAACACAGCUCUUGGACAUUAAAGCUAGAGUGGCAACAAGUGAUUAGAAAAGAAAUGCCUCAUCUGUUUUUUUUUUUGUUUGUUUUUUAUAUAUAUACUACCCUCUCUACUCCACUAGAACCACAGUUUUUGACUUCAGCAGCUGUUUUUGAAGCGAUACAAACAACAAAAUGUUUGUCCUGCUUCAUUUGUGGGCUAUGAUGUGCAACACUAAUUUGUAUGAUUGAUAUGUCUAUGUGGAGAUAGUGCUGCAUUUUCUGCAGUGGUGAAGAAUGUUGCAUAGAUCUCAAAGGUUUUUGUAUGAGAUCAGCAGAGCUGUUGAACUUUCACUUGCAAGUGCUCGAUAUGAGCUAAGGGCAAACAACAAAUGCAACAUUUUUGGAAACUCUGAAAGUCCUGCUUAUGGUUCAGGAGGUUUGAAUAUUUGCAGUAUAAGUGAUCAUUGUAGUAAGCUUCCCAUGCAGUGCAUGUGCAGUGCUACAGUAUCUGAUGACAAAAUCAGAUCCCUAAAAAUAAUAUUUAGUGGGCCAAAAGGGCCGUUAAUCUUUUAGCCAUGUACAUUUCCGUUUAAGAAACAGAAACAUGCAAUUUAUAGUUUAAAAAAAAAAAAAA